GGCUGCCUUCUAGAACCCCCUCCCCCUAGGAGCUGGAGGGGAUUGGCUGGGUCUUGGCAGUGACUCACAAAGGCCUUGUGGUACUAGGGCCCUGAGGCUGGCCAUUCAGGCUGGUGGCUUCAGCUUCAGGGGCAGAGCCAGCCCUGGGCAGUGUUGCUGCACAUUGCAUGGGAUGAAGGGCUGAAAGCUGCUUCCUCUUGCAAGCUGGCUUCUGAGAUUGCACCUUCUUCUCCUGCACCUCCUCCAACUCUAUGACCCUCCAAGGCACUGCUGACCUGCCUAGGAACCGAGACAAUGCAGCAAGCAACACAGUUACAGUUGUCACCCAAUGGGCAGAGCUGUUACCAGCUCCAGCUCGUCCCAGUCUCCAAGACAAAGCAGGGACAUCAUAUCCACAGCCCCAGCAGGAGCUGCCUUUGUCCAGGAAGACCCUUCUGCCACAGCUGGACAAGGACAAGACGGCGCCUCACCGUAUGCCACGCCUCCGGGCUGUGGUUGAGAGCCAGGCCUUCAAGAAUGUCCUGGUGGAUGAGAUGGACAUGAUGCUGUCCCGCGCAGCCACCCUCAUCCAAGCCAACUGGAGAGGCUACCGGCUCCGGCAGAAGCUGAUCUCCCAGAUGACGGCAGCGAAGGCCAUCCAGGAGGCCUGGCGACGCUUCAGCACCAGGCGCCUCCUCCGGUCCGGCAAGAUGGUGGAGAAAAAAGUUAACCUGGAGGAAGGGGACAUCCCUUACCACCCCCCACAGCAGGUGCGCUUCCAGCCCCUGGAGGAGGCCAAGUCCCUCCCGGCCCAGCCCGUUAUGGUGAGCAGGGAGACUCAGUUCCCUUCCUCCGACAGCCUGGCUGCCUGCGCCCACCAGCUGGCCCUGCUGCAGUCCCAGGGCACUCCACAGCCUGACGUGCAGGCUCCUGGUGUUACGGGUGGCCCAGGGAUCACCUUCCUGCCACAGCAAACCAUCACCAUCAGGCUUCCAUGUCCAGUGAGUCCAGAUGCAAAGAGCCAGCCAUGCUUGAUGACAAGAACCGUCAGAAGCACCUGCCUCGUCCACCACGUAGAAGGGGACAUGAUGAAGACCAAGCAAGUAAUUUCCAGAGCUAAUAAGGCAGGAGCCUCGGGGCCACCGUUCGGAAAGUGUGCCCAGGCAGCUCAUGGGCCUCUCAAGACCCAGCCUCAGGCCCCCGCAGAAGCAGAGGUCCUCAGAGCCCCAGCGCAGAGAGGCCCAGUGCCUGUGACGACCAAGACCCCACCCCAGCCGUGUCCAGCAGCUACGAUGACCAAGACCCCACCCCAGCCGUGUCCAGCAGCUACGAUGACCAAGACCCCACCCCAGCCGUGUCCAGCAGCUGCGAUGACCAAGACCCCACCCCAGCCGUGUCCAGCAGCUACGAUGACCAAGACCCCACCCCAGCCGUUUCCAGCAGCUACGAUGACCAAGACCCCACCCCAGCCGUGUCCAGCAGCUGCGAUGACCAAGACCCCACCUCAGCCAUGCAGAGUGCCCACGGUAACAAUAACCAAGACCCCACCCCAGAUGUACCUGGCGGCCCCGAUGACAAAGACCCCGCCCCAGACGUACCCAGCAGCCCCGUUGACCAAGACCCCACCCCAGAUGAGCCCGGCAGCCACGAUGACCAAGACUCCACCCCAGAUAAGCCCGGCAGCCACAAUGACCAAGACCCCACUCCAGUCGUGCCUGGCGGCCAUGAUUAACAAGACCCUACUGCAGAUGUACCCAGCAGCCAUGAUGACCAAGACCUCACCCCAGCCAUGCCCAGUACCCACGGUAACAAUAACCAAGACCCCAACUCAGGUGUAUCCAGUGGCCCCAAUGACCAAGACCCCACCCCAGACAUAUCCACGAGGCGUGAUGACCAAGAUCCCACCCCAGCCUGGUCCGGCUGCUCCGAUGACCAAGAUUCCAGCCCAGAUGCAACCAACAGCCUCAAUGACCAACACUUCACCCCAGACACGACCGGUCGCUAUGAUGACCAAGACCCCGCCCCAGACGUGCCCCAUGGCCUCAAUGAUUAAGCCCCCAACCCAGACACGACCAGCAGCCAUGAUAACCAAGACCCCGCCCCAGAUGUACCCCAUGGACACAAUGACCAAGACCGCACUGCAGACGUGUCCAGCGGUGGCCAAGACUCCAUCUCAGAUGCUCUCGGGAGCCGCAGUGACCAAGACACCUCCCCAGACGCGCCUGACAGCCAUGAUAACCAAGACCCCAGCCCAGUUACGCUCGGUGGCCGCCAUCCUCAAGACCUUGUGUCUGCCCCCUCCGGCAGCUCCACCUCCAGCAGGAGUGGCAGCUGCCAUUCCCAACACCUCAUCCCACGCAUCUCUGGAUGGAGCAAAGGCCAGGGCUGUGGCAAACACACGGCAGGCGGCGGGCAUGGUCAAGGUCUCGUCCCACUCGUACUUGACUGAGGGAAAGGUGAAAUGCUUCCCCCCACCUGCCCUGGGGGCUGUGGCUCCCAAGGCUCCAGCCAGGCCUCCUCUGGAAGCCGAGAAGAUUAAGGCCUUCCCCCAGAAACAGGGGAAAACGGAAACAGCACGUAACACAAGUGCGGCCGCGGAAAUGCCCAGGGCUCCCUCCUGGGCCAAGGUGGCCGAGGAUGGGAGCAAGGCACACCUGAGGAUGGACAUCAGGAAGGUCCAGUCCCAGGUGUAUGUGCCUGUAGAAAUGGCCGUGGCCCUGCCGCAGGCACAGGUGGCCACACGUGUGAGCACAGCCUCGUGCCAGACGUACCCGCCUGCCAAGCUGACCAAGGCCCAGUCUCUGGCGCACCUGGACACCUGUCUGACCAAGGUGCAGGCCCAGGCGCGUCCGGCCAACGGGGCCGUCAAGGUCCAGUCCCAAGUGCAUCUGCCCGCGGGGCUGAGCACGGCCCCGUCGCAGGCCCAGAUGGUCUCGGAAACGGCCAAAUGCUUCUACGCGGCCCACCAGCCUGCUGAGCUCAGCAGCAAGACGCAAUCGCAGCCACUCCUGGCGGGGUUCAAGGCCUCCACCCAGCCCUGCCAGCAUGUCGGCACCCUUGGCACUCUGCCCAGAGCCAAGCUAGAGGACAGACUGACCCAGCUCCCGCCCCACAGCUGCGCCCAGGGCAAGGCCACCCAGGGCCCACGCCAGGGGGCCUUCGAGACCCAGAGCUUGCCAGUGCCUCUGCUGGCAUCUGCCGGACACUCCACGUGCAACGUUGAAUCCUGGGGUGACAGCGUGGCCGCCCGGGCCCAGCCAUCACUGGCCAGCCCGGCCAUACCCUGCCAGGAGGAGCUAGCAGCCUCCCAGCUUGCCUCUCUGUGCGCUGAGCUGGCCGCCCUGCUGGGCUCCCAGGAAGACAUCCGUGCCCUGCUGGCCCGAGCGCUCUCCCAGGGGGAAGCGAGGGCAGCCCUGAAUCAGGCCCUGUCCAGCGAUGUCCUGGGCUCCACGGUGGCCAAGGCCCUGUCCCCAGGCAUGCUGGGCACGGCGCUGGUGAAGGUGCUGUCCUGGAGCAAGCUGGACAUCGCCCUGUCCCACACCAUGUCCUGGGGUGAACUUCAGGCAAAACUCACUAAGGCCACGCAGGGCAAACUGGUGGAUGUGCUCAGCAAGGCCCUGACGGAGGAGGAGCACGCCGCCCUGAGCCAGGCCCUGUGCCAGGGCGAGCUGGGUGCCAUCCUGAGCCAGCCUUUGUCUCAGGCGGCCCUGAGGACUGGAGCCGGCCUCCCCAAGGCGGCCACAAAAAUGAUGAGAAGCGGGAUGACUGUGAUGCCCUCCCCGAUGGAGGUGGACCGGAGGGAGAGCCCAGUGGCCACAUGCGGGCCCAUCCUCAGCCCUGGGAGACCACAGCCCAGCAAGGGCCCCACGGAGGCUGGCGUGGCUGGUGGCCAGGCGUGGAACUCUGCUGUCCCCAGUGUAGCAGCUGGGCCCAUGAACAGUGCUGCGGCCCCCGGCGGUGUGUGGGAGCCGGCCAGGGCCACCGUGCCAUGGGACGCUGUGGGAAGCCAGGUGGUGGCGGAUCCCAGACAGUCGGGGGAGCUGGUGGUGUCAGUGCAGGACAUGGAGAAGAUAAUCAGCCAGGCCGUGGUCACAAUCCAGGCGUGUGCACGCGGCUACCUGGUGCGCCGUACCAUCAGGGUGUGGCACCAGUGGGCCAUCGUCAUCCAAGCUGCCUGGCGCGGCUACCGUGUGCGGCAGGAGCUGGCCCGGCUCUCCAGAGCAGCCAUCGUCAUCCAGGCCACAUGGCGGGGCUUUUGCACCCGCCGGGGCCGUGCCCAGCAAACGCUGCAGCCGGGCACGUGGGCCGAAAUGGGUGGCGGGACCAGGACGACGUCUGACCACCGCUGCUUCCAGUCCUGCCAGCCACACGUCUGUGCCCUUUGCCAGUCGCUGAGUCCUGGACUGGGGAGCCCGCCCAGCGUGGUGAUGCUUGUGGGCUCCAGCCCCCGCACCUGUCACAUGUGCGGCCAAAGCUUGCCCACGCGGGUGGUGCACGGCACCGGCCAGGGCUCUUGGAGCCAGGCGGGCAUGCCCUGGGACUGUGCCUCGCAGCCCGUCACCCCGAGCCUCCAGCAGUCCCACCUCCAGAACAAGGCGGCCACGACCAUCCAGUCAGGCUGGAGGGGCUUCCUCGUCCGCCGCAGGCUGAGACAGCAGCAGGGAGCAGCCAAGAUGCUUCAAGCCACCUGGCGCGGCCACUCUGCCCGGUCUUCCCUCACCACGGAUGCACUCCUGGGGCCAGCGGCCUGGGACAACCCGCAGCACACUCAGUGGCCAGGCGUCUAGGACCUUGGCUGCCCGAUGGGGGGACCCCCGGGAGGGGCCGUGUGGCUCUCUGGGUCUAAUGAAUAAAGCUCUCUGCAGCCUGGGU